CUCGCUGUCCAAUCAGCGGCGGCGUUGCUGGCAGGUGCGGAGUGUUUUUGUUUUGGGUUGAAGUUGAGGCCGAAGGAGGAGACGCGGCGGGUGGAGGCCGCGGAAGCCCCGGCAGAACCCCCCCUUCCCUCCUUCCCCCUUUGCCCUUCCUCCCUCCGCUGGUUUUCCUCCCCCCUUCCCCCCCCCCUCCUCCUCCUCUUCCUCCUCCUCUUCCUCCUUCCCGGCCCCGCCAUGCGGAGGGAGAUGAACGGGGUCACCAAGAGCCGCUUUGAGAUGUUCUCAAACAAUGAUGAAGCUGCAAUCAACAAGAAACUUCCCAAAGAGCUGCUGCUUCGAAUUUUCUCUUUCCUGGAUGUGGUCACUCUCUGUCGGUGUGCUCAAGUUUCCAGGGCAUGGAAUGUUCUGGCCCUGGAUGGCAGCAACUGGCAGCGAAUUGACCUGUUUGAUUUCCAGAGGGAUAUUGAGGGCCGAGUGGUUGAGAAUAUUUCUAAAAGGUGUGGGGGCUUCUUGAGGAAGCUGAGCCUGAGGGGCUGCCUUGGAGUGGGAGACAAUGCAUUAAGGACUUUUGCACAGAACUGCAGAAACAUUGAAGUUUUGAACCUAAAUGGCUGCACCAAGAUCACAGAUGCCACGUGUACCAGCCUCAGUAAGUUCUGCUCUAAGCUCAGGCACCUUGAUUUGGCUUCCUGCACCUCCAUAACCAACCUAUCUCUGAAAGCACUGAGUGAGGGAUGCCCACUGCUGGAACAGCUGAAUAUCUCCUGGUGUGACCAAGUGACCAAGGAUGGCAUCCAGGCCCUGGUGAGAGGCUGUGGGGGACUCAAAGCCCUGUUUCUGAAAGGCUGCACCCAGCUUGAGGAUGAAGCUCUGAAAUACAUCGGUGCACAUUGUCCUGAACUGGUGACUUUAAACCUUCAGACAUGCUUACAAAUAACAGAUGAUGGUCUCAUUACAAUAUGCAGAGGAUGCCACAAGUUACAAUCCUUGUGUGCUUCAGGCUGCUCUAACAUUACAGAUGCCAUCCUGAAUGCCCUGGGACAGAACUGCCCCAGGCUUAGAAUAUUAGAAGUUGCAAGGUGUUCUCAGCUAACAGACGUGGGCUUUACCACUCUAGCUAGGAACUGCCACGAGCUUGAAAAAAUGGACCUGGAAGAGUGUGUCCAGAUAACAGACAGCACAUUAAUCCAGCUUUCCAUACACUGUCCACGGCUUCAGGUUCUGAGUUUGUCCCACUGUGAGCUGAUCACAGACGAUGGGAUCCGUCACCUGGGGAACGGCGCCUGCGCCCACGACCGCCUGGAGGUGAUCGAGUUGGACAACUGCCCCUUGAUCACAGAUGCUUCCCUGGAGCACCUGAAAAGCUGCCACAGCUUGGAGAGGAUAGAACUCUACGACUGUCAGCAAAUCACCCGGGCAGGGAUCAAGAGACUCAGGACCCAUUUACCCAACAUUAAAGUCCACGCCUACUUCGCGCCUGUGACUCCACCUCCCUCGGUCGGGGGCAGCCGGCAACGCUUCUGCAGAUGCUGCAUCAUCCUAUGACCCUGGAAGGGGUCACCCCUGCAAACUGAGUAUUUAAUUUACACCUGUAGAGUUAUGGUGGACACCAGUAUCUCCAAGGAAAGCGAUGCCAGUCUCCUUUGGGAGGGCCAGAGAGCAGGAGGUGGUGUGGGACCCCCCUACCCACCCCUGCACCUUACAUAUCCCACCCCUUCCAGCAAACUGAUGAACUUGGCAGGCUGGGAGCUGGAGCUGGGCUGGCUCUUUUCCCCGUAGGUGGAAUUGGUGUAAUCCUGAACCAUUCCUACUGGGCAUGCUCAGAUAAAACCCAUGCGGUAAGGAGGGGGAGGGUUUUGGUUUGGUUUUUUUGGUUUGUUGUUUUUUUUUUUGCCAACCCAGGAUGCCCUGGUUCCUGCUGCUGAGGUUGGAGUAGUAACAGGAAUCCUUUGAGAGGGGGAGAGGAAAGGAACAUGCUUUAACCCUGCACCCCUUGGCCAGAAGAAACAAAAACAACAAAAAACCCCGAACCUGAAAAUCCCCACAAAUUGGGGUUAUUUGGGGGUUUUAGGUUUUUUUUUGUGUCCGUUUUUCAGUGAGGGAAUGAAACAGCAGCUGUUGUGAGCCACAACUUUCUUGUGCUUCUCUGCUUCCUGUUCCUUGCUGACCACCCUGAGCAUGCUCACAGUGAAGGUUCAGCUGUUUCCUCUGUGUUCUGUAGCAUCCAGCUCGGAGGCUGCCGAGGUUGUUGUGAUAUAGCUUGAAAUCUGUAAUGUCAGGCUCAAGUUUUUUUACCCUCCCUACAUCCUGCUUUUGGUUGGGUUUUUGGGGUUUUUUUUUUGUUGUUUGUUUUUUAAUAUUUCUAAUUCAGUCAUUCUUUGAGAUUUACCAAGCAAAAAAAAGAGAGGAAUUGGUAAUUUAAACUUACCAAAAAAAAAAAAAAAUAAUAAUAAUACCUGGAAAGCUGAGCCUGGAAUAACCCACUGGGAAGAUUUUUAAAUGGGAAGUGAGCUGCACUACAGGCUGGGCUCUUGGAGGCUUCUUGGCCUGUUUUUACCCGUGCUAGGGUGUCCCAGUUUGUAUUUCAGUUUUUAUCCCAGUGACAAAAAUAUAACUCUUGCUAUAGGGAAACAGUUGUAGUCUCUGUUCCAGUGACUCUCAAGUCCUCCUGUCCUUUCCCUCUGACCCCUCAUCCUACCCGUGAGGAAAAGCAAAUUAGAAUCAGUUUUACUCCUUGCCCUGAUCACCAAAUCCCAAAGUGGCAGCGGGAGGAGCAGCAGGGGUGUAAAACACCCUCAGGAAUUGUCACCUUUUCCUACACCCAGGUGUGAGCUCUGGGGGAUGCUCUGACUCUGCCACCUUUUGCAGGUAAGUGUCUUGCCCAGAAGAGGAACCAUGGGGAUGAGCUGGGGGGUUUGCUCCUCCCUCAGCUUCAGGGAAAUGUUCACAGCAGUUGGUUUGGGGCCAUUUCAGGCAGGAUUAGCCCAGGUGCUGCCCACAGCCCUGGGAGCUCCAGUUGCAAACCUGAACAGAUGCCAGGGGUGUAAUGGGGCAGAACUGGGGCAGACCCUAAGAGGUUGGUGAAGGAUGAGCUGGGGUGGAAGUGCUGCCAACUCCUCCACACAGCUCUAGGGAUGCUUCUCAUCCUCCAGGGGAUGUGAAGCUGAAGAACCUUCUGCUGGGGGACACAAUGCUUUGGGUUGAAGGGCCCAGGGGGUUUUUGGUGGGUUUUUUUUUUUCCCCUGUGGGUUUGCUUCGAGGCACUUCCCACCCCUCUUCCCUCUCAGGCAAUCAGGAGGUUGCUGAGUGCCACCCAAGCUCUGUCCCCUUCAUCUGCAACCUCAGAUUUCCCACCCCAUCUGUAUAUGCUUAGCCAAGUCUUGCAGCUGCAGAGUCUGCUGGGAGGAACUGUGCUGUGGUUAAAAGGAUACUGUCAAUUCCUUGCCUGUAGAGAGCUUUUAAUCCCUUAUAUUUAUUCAAAUCCUCUUUAGCACCAUGGAUUCUCUCUCUCUCUCCUCAACGAGCACGUUCCUAGGCAUCAUCUGCAGAGCUCCUUUCUCCCAUGUGCAGGGUGGCAGAAGAUAAAGGUGCUUCCCAAGGUGCCAGGCUGACCCAAAGGGAGGGUGUGGGCAGCACCCCCAGGAAUUGCACAGCUCUGGAAAGCACUUGGUGCAGUUGAUGCUGUGGCAGGGGAGAGCUAAAAUGGAUUUGCAAGCCAGGGUGUGUGGCUGGAUGACAGAUUUCCUUGUAACAGAGUGGAGUUUUCAAGGGGAAAACUCAAGAAUACAGAACCCAAAGCUUUUUUUUUUUUUUUUUUUUUUUAUUUUUUAUUUUUUAUUUUUAUUUUUUCCAAACAGGGUGACAGCAUUAAAGUAGCUCAAACUACUUGACAGUGUCCUUUUAAGUCAAUUAUCCGUCUUCAAAUGGACUCUUCCUUAUGUUUGUAUUUAUAAAUACCAAU